AUGUGGUACAAAACUCUUUGCUUUGGAUUUUUUGGUAUUCUAUUUGCUUAUUGUAUUUAUUUACCUCUUCCAGAAAAUGUUGAAGAACCUUGGAAAGUGAGACUCAUCGAUGUUGUUAUAAAAAUGGCUUCACUUGUGGCCACAUUAUUUGAAGAAAUGGGUCUCAUGAAGUAUGAAGACACAAUUUUAACUUUAUUAUCAGUUUUCCUUACAAAACCAGUUUCAGAUGAAAACAUAACAGUGAUUGACACAAACUUUAGUGACAUUCCUGUUCGUCUGUACUUGCCAAAAAAGAAGUCUGAAAUACUGAGACCAGCUAUCAUUUACUUGCAUGGUGGAGCUUUUGUCUUGGGAAGUUGCAAGAUGCAGCCCUAUGAUGAUCUGAACCGAUGGACAGCAAACAACCUUGAUGCUGUUGUUGUGGGAAUAGACUACAGGGUUGCUCCUCAGUAUAAAUUCCCAGCUGCCCUUGAAGACUGUGUUCUUGUGGUCAAAUUCUUUCUCCAGGACAAAAUCCUUGACAAGUAUGGAGUAGAUCCUGCUCGCAUUUGUGUUUCUGGAGAGAGUUCUGGCGCUAUGUUGGCAACAGCAGCAACUCAAUUGUUCCAGAGUAAUCCAGAGUACAAAGAUAAAAUUAAGGCACAAGCCUUGGUAUACCCUGGACUACAGAUUAUUGACAUCUUGAUGCCAUCCCAUCAAGACUAUGAAUAUGGUCCCAUUCUGUCAAGGAAGAUGGCAUUUAAGUUGGCAAGCCUCUACCUGUCUGAAGACACAGCCCUGAAAGAAGCUAUACUAAGAAAUGAGCAUAUGCCUGAAGAAUCAAGACACCUGUUCAAGUUUGUUAACUGGAGUGACUUUCUUCCUGACAAGUAUAAAAAGAACCAUGUUUACACUGAACCAGUUCUUGGCAAACUAAAGGCUUCCUAUCCAGCACUCUUGGAUAGCAGGAUGUCCCCUUUGCUAGCCAGUGACUCCCAGUUACAGAAUUUGCCACUGACCUACAUCCUCACUUGUGAACAUGACAUUGUAAGAGAUGAUGGAUUAAUUUAUGUUGCACGGCUUAGAAAUGUUGGAGUUCAAGUUACUCAUGACCACAUAGAGGAUGGAAUUCAUGGAGCCCUAACAUUUACCAUAGCACCAACUUAUUUACAUUUAGGAUUAAGAAUAAGAGAUAAGUAUAUUAAUUGGUUAGAAAAAAAUUUAUAA